UCGCUUUUGUUCUUCUAUUGGAUUCAAUUUCAUAUUUGUAGAUCCUCUGUUGUUUCUUGAAAAAUUUGAAAUGAAUAUAAAAGAUUUGAUCUGUGUGAAUCCAUUUUUUCAAUUCUGGGGAGGGGGACUUUUUAGUAGUGGGCCGAGAAGAAAGGAUGAAUUGUUAAUGGGCCUGGCCCGUGGAUUUUUUGGUAUAUUAAAAAGAAAAGAAAAGGGAAGGGAAUGGAAUGUCGUAACAGCUCGAUCGGUGAGGAUAUGGGGCGGUCGGAGUUUGUGAUCGUCACGGUGGCGGCGGUUCUGCUGUUGUUGGGAAACGACGUCGUUGAGGCUUCGAGUUCACCAUCGGCGUUUGUGCAGAACGUCAUCUACUCCAACAAGAUUGCCAUCUUCUCCAAAUCGUAUUGCCCGUAUUGCUUGCGUGCCAAGCGCAUAUUCAGUGAAUUACAUGAGCAACCUUAUGUUGUAGAACUUGAUCUUCGAGAUGAUGGGGGGCAAAUUCAGAGUGUUCUUCUAGAUGUGGUAGGCCGAUCCACUGUCCCACAAGUAUUUGUGAAUGGCAAGCACAUCGGUGGUUCUGAUGGUUAGCUCUCAUCUGCUGUAAUCAACAUAUCUCAAAGCCGCUGUUGCGAGUGGCCAACUUCAGAAGCUUCUUAGCAUAAGUUGAGAAAGCAUUGGAAAUCAAGAAACACAAGUAGACUAGCAUCUGAUAUGAAGCUGCAUCUGAACACUUCUGGGAGCUUAAGAUUGUGAGAUGACACUAUAGUAUCUCAAUAUUAAUGCUUCAUGUAAUUAUUGAUGUAGUGCUGAAUUUGCUCGAAUUCAUGGAAGAAAAAUUAAAUGUAGUUUUCGACCGACAUUUUGAUGCAUCCCAAAUUUGUGAUUGCUGCAGAGAUCUCAUUAAUCUGUCUUCCUUACUAUGAA